AUGAAGCCAGCCGUAGCGGCCGGGUUCGUGGCGGUGACGACGCUCCUGGCCGCUGCCGCCGCUCUUGUGCCAAAGUCCGCCGCAUCGACGCCGGCGCUUACGCUGCGGCGCACGUUGCCGCUGCCAGCAUCGUCCCUGGAGCAUCUUCAGAAACUGGACAAACAGCGGUUUACUAGCAGGAGGAACGUGCCGGACUUCGACUUGGUUGGCAUGCCCUGUUUGAACUUCAGGCUCUAUUAUACCUUAGUGACUUUGGGCAACCCACCCAAAAAUUAUUCGGUGCAAUUUGACACCGGUAGCGACAUCAUGUGGGUUACUUGCAGCCCCUGCGCUGAUUGCCUGACGCCAGGUCGCAUCUAUGACACGCUGGAGGUGUACAAUCCCAACAAUUCUUCAACGUCGUCCAACAUAUCAUGCUCUGAUGACGUGUGUAAACAUGCUAUCAAAUCAAAGAAUUCGAUAUGUCAAGCUUCGGACUCUCCAAACAACCAAUGUGGUUACUGGCAGGAGUAUGCCGAUGGAACUACCACUGGAGGGUACUAUGUGUCUGAUAUAAUGCAUUUCGACACUGUCAUGGGUAACGGAAGUGAGGGGGCUACCGUUUCUUCUGCCUCCGUUGUUUUUGGAUGUAGCGACUCGCAGUCAGGGGCGCUGCAACAAGAUGGAAUUAUGGGUUUAGAUGAUGGUGGUGGCAUUCUUGUUCUCGGUGAAGUUAUGGAGCCAGGAUUUGUAUUUACUCCACUAGUUUCAUCACAGUCUGGUUACAGCGUGAAUAUGAAGGGCAUUUCUGUCAAUGGUCAAAACGUCCCUAUUGAUUCUUCCUUGUUUACAACAUCAAAGACACAAGGAACAUUUGUAGAUUCUGGAACAUCAUUAGCAUACCUUCCAGAUGGAGUUUAUGAUCCAGUUAUUAGCGCGAUAAUUAAUGCUGCUCCCUUAUCUAUGAAUUAUUCUGUCGUGUCGGGGAAUGAAUGUUUUAUUUGCUGGCAAAGCAAUGUAUCUGAAUUUCCAAUAGUGACACUAUAUUUUGAGGGUGGUGCUCCAAUGCGAGUGAAACCGGCGAACUAUCUCGUGAGAAGGGGUGUAUCUCACCUUCCAGACAACCUAGUCGUAUUGUGCAUUGGCUUUGAAAGCAGCAAGAGGUUCAAGGGUUAUGAGCAUGCCACUAUUCUAGGAGAUUUUGUCUUACGUGAUAAGAUAUUUGCGUAUAAUUUGGAGAAGAUGCAUAUUGGUUGGAUAGACUACAACUGCUCGCUACUCAAUAAGACAAACCUGGUUAUUGCCAGCAGUGAGUCGCUGGGGAGCUACACACCAUCAUACUGCGCCCUGAUGAUAGCUAUUGGGGUUGCCCUCAUAAAUAGUAACAUCAUUGCACUGCAGUUGCACAAUAGCUACUAGGGGAAACUAGCAAUGGAGCCCGGACGUGUCGAAGCUCAAUGUUGGUGGAGCAUUGAAUGCCACUCUGGUGAGUCAGCCAGGCAGGGAGCGGCCUUAGGAUAAAAUCGUGCACAACCAUCUCGAUCGCUGGAGAAGUACUUUUCUUGAACUUAUUUCGUUCAAGAAGUAAAAUAAUCAACCUCUGCUGAGACUUGAGACCACUCUCACUCCAAGAAGUUGCUUGCUAAAUUUGGCAAUACGCGAGCAUGGGAGUCCAAGUUUUUUUCUUUAUUUUGAAAAUAUCUCCAUAUUUAUACUUGUAUUUAUAAAGGGAAACGUUACACAACACCCGACCGAUAAUCACGUUUGUGUCCGCCU